AGAAUUCUUGAAUGAGCUCCUUCUGUGCCCUACCUGUCCGUACCUGAGCCUCUGCGACCAGUUCCUGGGACAUUCCGGCAGGGAGAGACCAAGAGGGCAGACUGCGGCUGGGUGGAGAGGUCCCAGACCACACCAGGCAGGACUUCUGUCCCUUGUUGGUGGUCACCAGGUGUUCCAUGGCCCGAGAGAGGGAGAAGAUACUUGUGGCGUUUUAAGUCCUUUCCCUCGCCAAGGGGAGACUUCGGAGGCCGUUGGACGUAACUCAGGAAGGUGAAGAUUGACUCCAUUGCCUGGAUCCCAGCAAGAUGGGCAGCAAGGAGCGAUAUCACUGGCAGGCACAGAACGUCAAGCACUCUGGCGUGGAUGACAUGGUGCUGCUCUCCAAGAUCACGGAUGAUGCAAUCGUGGCCAACCUCAAGAAGCGCUACAUGGACGAUUACAUCUUCACAUAUAUUGGCCCUGUCCUCAUCUCUGUCAAUCCCUUCAAACCAAUGCCAUACUUCACUGAUCGGGAGAUAGAGCUGUACCAGGGCGCGGCUCAGUAUGAAAACCCGCCUCACAUCUACGCCUUGGCAGACAACAUGUACCGUAACAUGAUGAUCGAUGGUGAGAACCAGUGUGUUAUCAUCAGUGGGGAGAGUGGAGCCGGCAAAACAGUGGGAGCCAAGUUCAUAAUGAGUUACAUCUCCAAGGUGUCUGGAGGAGGGCCCAAGGUUCAGCAAGUGAAGGAUAUCAUCCUGAAGUCCAACCCUUUGCUGGAGGCCUUUGGGAAUGCCAAAACCGUGAGGAAUAAUAACUCCAGCCGAUUUGGCAAGUACUUUGAGAUCCAGUUCAGCCGAGGUGGGGAACCGGAUGGAGGCAAGAUCUCCAACUUCCUCUUGGAGAAAUCCCGGGUGGUGUCGCAGAACCCCGGGGAGCGCAACUUCCACAUCUACUACCAGCUCCUGGAGGGGGCGAAUCAGGAGGAGAGGACAAACUUGGGAGUGACAGCUCCAGAUUAUUACUACUACCUCAACCAGUCUGCCACCUACAAGGUCGAUGACAUCAACGACAAGCAGGAGUUCGCUGAGACCAUGAACGCCAUGGCGGUGAUCGGCCUCUCCCUGGACGAGCGUGCCACCGUGUUGCAGAUCGUGGCUGGGAUCCUUCACGUCGGCAACAUCGCCUUCCAGGAGCAGGGCAACUACGCGGUGGUGGAGAGCGAGGACUUCCUCGCCUUUCCUGCCUAUCUGCUGGGGAUAGACCAGGGGAGACUGAAGGAGAAGCUCAUCAGCCGGACCAUGGACAGCAAGUGGGGCGGCAGGUCGGAGACCAUCGACGUGACCCUGAAUGUGGAGCAGGCCAACUUCACCCGCGACGCCCUCUCCAAGGCCCUGUACGCCCGGCUGUUCGACUACCUGGUGGAUGCCAUUAACAAAGCCAUCCAGAAGGACCACGAAGAAUUCAACAUCGGAGUGCUCGAUAUCUACGGCUUCGAGAUAUUCCAGAGGAAUGGCUUCGAGCAGUUCUGCAUUAACUUUGUGAACGAGAAGUUGCAGCAGAUCUUCAUUGAGUUGACCCUCAAGGCCGAACAGGAAGAGUAUGUGCAGGAGGGAAUAAAAUGGACCCCCAUCGAGUACUUCAACAACAAAGUCGUGUGCGACCUCAUUGAGAACAAGAGCCCUCCCGGGGUGAUGUGUAUCCUGGACGACGUCUGCGCCACGAUGCACGCCAAGGGCGAAGGUGCUGACCAGACCCUGGUGCAGAAGCUGCAGUCACAGAUCGGCACCCACGACCACUUCAACAGCUGGAACAAGGGCUUCAUCAUCCACCACUACGCAGGCAAGGUAUCAUAUGACGUGGAAGGUUUCUGUGAGCGGAACCGGGAUGUCCUCUUCACCGACCUCAUCGAGAUGAUGCAGAGCAGCGAACUGCCCUUCAUCCGCGAUCUUUUCUCGGAAAACCUCAAUGUGGACAAGAAGGGACGGCCGACUACAGUCAGCAGUAAGAUUAAGAAACAAGCCAACGACCUGGUCACCACGCUGAUGAAAUGCACCCCGCACUACAUCCGCUGCAUCAAACCCAACGAGACCAAGAAAGCCAAGGACUGGGAGGAGACCAGGGUCAAACAUCAAGUGGAGUACCUGGGACUGAGUGAGAACAUUCGAGUGCGUCGGGCUGGGUACGCUUACCGAAGAGUCUUCAAGAAGUUCCUCCAGAGGUAUGCCAUUCUGACCAAAGAAACCUGGCCCAGCUGGAGAGGGGACGAGAGGCAGGGGGUGACCCACCUCCUGCGAUCGGUCAACAUGGACCAGGACCAGUUCCAGCUCGGCAAGCACAAGGUGUUCAUCAAGGCACCUGAGUCGCUCUUCCUGCUGGAGGAGAUGAGGGAGCGGAAGUUCAACGGUUUCGCCCGGGUGAUCCAGAAGGCCUGGCGGAAGCACAUCGCCGUCCGCAAGUACAUCCAGAUGCGGGAGGAAGCUUCGGACUUGGUUCUGAACAAAAAAGAGCGGCGGAGGAACAGUAUCAACCGCAACUUUGUGGGCGAUUACAUCGGGAUGGACAACCGGCCCGAGCUCCGGCAGUUCGUGGGACGCAGAGAACGCAUCGACUUCGCCCACACCGUGCUUAAAUACGACCGCAGGUUCAAGACGGUGAAGAGGGAUCUCAUCCUCACUCCCAGUUCACUCUACCUGAUUGGCCGUGAGAAGGUGAAACAGGGGCCAGACAAGGGGACCAUCAAGGAAGUGCUGAAGCGGCAAAUCGAAAUGCCAAGGAUCCAGUUGGUCACCCUCAGCACCCUGCAGGACGACUUUGUGGUGGUGCACGAGGCGCAGUACGACAGCGUGCUUGAGUCCGCCUUCAAGACAGAGUUCCUCAGCCUCCUGUGUAAGCGGUUCCGGGAGAGGACACAGCGGGAGCUGCCACUCAAGUUCGGCAACCUCUUGGAGUUCAAGGUGAAGAAAGAGGGGUGGGGACCGUGGGCGGCCGCGGGGACCCGUCAGAUCCAGUUCCGGGCGGGUCACGGGGACGUGGCGGUGUUAAAACCCACCGGCAAACUGCUGGAGGUCAGCAUCGGAGCCGGACUGCCCAAAAAUGCCAGGCCAACAAGGAAAGAUAAGAGAAAAAGUGCCCAUAUAAAGCAACAGCUCCCUGCUGGUGAUGCCCGGAACACGACCAGGAGGCAGGACGCCAACUCGGGACCCCAGCCGCUGCAUCCCCAUGUCCAGGGGCACACCCUCCGCCACCAGACUAGCAUGGAGCAGCCCACCUUGCCCCGAGACGGGGCUUCCACCAGGGCCAGGACCUACCUGGACCUGCAGAACCUGGACUUCAUGAACGUUCCCGACCAGGGAGUGGCAGGCUUGCAGAGGCGAAUGUCUAAGGAAGUGAAGCCAGUCCCAGGGGGAGGGAGGUCCAAGCCCAAGCCUCAGCCCAGGCAGGCUCGGUGCCGAGCGCUCUACGCCUACGACGCGCAGGACACUGACGAGCUGAGCUUCAACGCGGAGGACAUCAUCGAGAUUGUACGGGAAGAUCCAUCGGGAUGGUGGGUCGGACGGAUUCGAGGCAAGGAGGGUCUGCUGCCGGGAAACUACGUGGAGAAGAUCUGAACUCCAGCUCGGAGAGGGAAUCCCGAACCCAGGGGGCUAGGGGCAGGGUGGGUGGGAGAGAAAGAGGCAGGCACCGCAGGCACGGCCAGAACUGGAGGUGGCUGAUGCUCCCGGAGAAAGGUGAGGGGUCCUCGGAAACCAGAACUGCCCAGGGUCCGGAAUCGGGGCCGUACACGUACACUGCUGGGGGUCAGUCCCCACCCCCACCCCCACCCGCCAAACUCACUCCAGCCAGACACCAAUGCGAAUCAUUGGCGGGAGGUGUGGCGCUGGGGGCAGGAGGUUUCUCAUACCCACCGUCUCCUCCUCCUCCCUGUUCUCCAUACCCUCCCUCCCCCCAUCCUGUCCCUGCAGCCCUCCCUCUGCCCAUCUCCUGCUCCCUCCCACCUCCACCCCGUUUUCGUCCAUCCCCUCACUCCGUCCCCUCCCUCAUGCUCCCUCGCACCUGCUCCCCCCACGUUCUUCCAUCCCCGUCCACCCUCCCUCACUCCCACCCCUCCCUCCAUCUCCUCCCCCCACAUUCCAUCAUGCUCCAUUCCCUCCCUCCUCCCCUCCACCCUCACUCCAAUCCCCUCUCCUUCCUUCCACAUCCUCCCCCCCCCCCAUCUCCUCUCUCCAUCCUGUCCCACCCGUUCAGGUGCAAUCUGACUGAAUGGUGGAGCAGUCUUGAGAGGGUGGAAUGACCAACUCCUUCUGAGACACUCGCACCAGUGGACCCUGCAGUCCUUGCCCGCCAGCUCCAGAUGCAGCAUUUGACGAUGGCUCAAGCUGGGCCAGGUUUACACCCCAGACUGCGUGAUGGGAGGCUGGUUUUAAUGUCCAACCGGCCCUCUUAACAGAGACAGCGUGUCCCUCACUAGGAGCUGAGCUGCCAUCUCGACAAAACUCCUGUGGCCACCAACGAGGAGACCAACCUUUGAACCUAACUCCAAGGUCCUGCCCAUCCCAGCAGCCAAGGAAUGAUCUCACCUGGGUGACGACGCCGUUGUAGAGGGAGUGAAGGAGCUACAAUGGGAAAUAAAGGAACAACCAAGA